AUGAGGUGGCGACGAGUCCUUCUCCUCAUUCUCCCUCCGUCGCUGAAUGCACCAGCCUUGUAUCGGUUAAGUCGAGUUGCCCUCGUGGAAGCUCUGGAUGUGGGCGUCAGCAGUAAUGGCUCGAUUCGGGCAACGAGAAUCUGUGAAUGUGGACCGUCUCAAUUCGCGUGUCAGGAGGUUGUGUCUGAGAAAGGCAACUGUACGUGUAUACCGGCGAGGUGGCAUUGCGAUGGCGACGACGACUGCGGAAACGGCCGUGACGAGCAGGGAUGCAUGGCGCGAAAUUGCAGUUUGUCAGAAUUCGAGUGCGCCAACGGGAGAUGCAUUCCGCCGCUGUGGCAAUGCGACGGCUUCGAUGAUUGCGGAGAUCACUCGGACGAACAGUGUCCUCAUGGUACGUGGCAUGUCGCGCUCGGAUGCGCGGUGGCCUCUGAUUGCCGAACGUUGACAGGAUCGACGUCCUGUUUGGAAUUCCCUUGCAAGACCGGCUCGUGCAUCAAAUGCGACUCAAAGGGACCGUGUGGGGAUGGCGCGUGUCGAGACUUGGCCUCCCUCCCACGUUGUGCUUCCGAAGACGAAUUUCUCUGCGCCAACGGUCGAUGUGUUCUGGUGGCCGCACGCUGCAACGGCCGGGACGAUUGUGGGGACAGCAGCGACGAACACAGAUGCAAUACCGACUGUCAGGAGGGUGAAUUCCGCUGUGAGAAGGACGGCACCUGCAUCAACCUCGACUGGCGAUGUGACGGAGACUCGGAUUGUUCCGAUGAAUCAGACGAGCGCCAAUGCGAGCGUCCAGAGUGCUCAAUGAAUCAGUUCCAAUGCAACAAUGGUCGCUGCAUCCAGAAAGAGUGGAAGUGCGACGGUGAUUUCGACUGCCAAGACAUGAGCGACGAACAGGAUUGUGGUUACAUCGGUUGCACCGCGGGCCAGUUCCGAUGUUUGGACGGCACAUGCAUAUCAGAAAAAAGCGUUUGUGACGGAGAACCGCACUGCCCGGAUCGUUCCGACGAAUCAGCAAAUACCACCUGCCGAAGCACAAAACCCUGUCGCGAAGAGAAUGUUCCGUGCCAGCACCAAUGCAUAGCGACGGCAACCGGACAUCGGUGUGCGUGUCGCGAAGGCUACCAGCUUGCCGGGGACUUGCGCUCCUGUCUGGACAUCGACGAGUGCCGGAUUUUGGGGAUGUGCAGUCACAACUGUACCAACACAGUUCCUGGCUACCAAUGUACUUGUAGUAGGGGUUAUAAAUUGCGUGAUGAUCACCGUCAUUGUAAAGCACAGGGUCCUGAGGCUUUUAUUCUUUUUGCUCACUGCACUGACAUCCGACGCCUCAAGUCAGACCGCACUGGCUACAGCAUCGUGUUGUCGAAGUUCCAAAACGUGGUGGCUCUCGACUUUAUCUAUCAUCUGAACUUGCUCAUCUGGUCGGACAUCGGCCAGAAAACAAUUCAAAGUUACGUCUUAAAUCAGACCCUGUCCGCUAACGUCGAACCCAGAAUCACAACUUUGAUAUCGCGAGCGAUUCCCAAUGCCGGGGGAUUGGCGGCCGAUUGGCUUUCCAACAGGAUAUAUUGGACCGAUUCGAAGACGUCUCGGAUCGAAAGCGCCUCGGCACUGACGGGUCUCGACAGGAAGCUCCUAGUGCACUCGGACAUCCAGAAGCCCCGUGGUAUCGCUCUACAUCCUCAUUUUUCCAUGGUAUUCUGGACCGAUUGGGGAGAUCAACCCCGAAUCGAACGGAUCUUCAUGGACGGCUCGGAGCGGAGAACGCUUUUCAAUAGUUCGCUUUUCUGGCCGAACGGAAUCACAGUCGAUUACCCAACGAAUUCCAUCUACUGGUCCGAUGGCAAACUGAACACUCUCGAAUGCGCCACGAUUGACGGUCUGGAACGGCGGAAAGUUGUGGAAAAAGGGCUCCCACAUCCUUUUUCAAUCACCGUCUUCGAAGACAAUCUGCUUUGGACCGACUGGAUGAGCAAAUCCGUGCACCGUUGCAACAAAUUCGGCCAGGAGUCGGGCAAACAGACCGAAGUGCUAGUCGCCAACCUCAGCUAUCCGAUGGAUAUCCGGAUGGUCCAUCCGCUGCGUCAGCCGCCGGGGGAAAACCCUUGUACGAACUCCAGCUGUUCGCAUAUGUGCUUCUCGAACCUGAAAGCGUUCACGUGUGCCUGUCCCGACGGCCUGACGUUGCUCGCCGACAACAAAACUUGUUCACAAUGGCCCGAGGAUGCGAUAAUUUUCUCAAUCCGUGGAGACAUCCGGAGGAUGUGCAUCCACUGCUCAAACUCCAUUGAUGUACCUGUUCCCAUCGAUUAUCGCAUGGAAGGUUUCAUGAAGAAUGCGUCGAGUGCCAUGGCGUUGGAGUUCGACCACGAGUCCGGGUCGAUAUUCUGGACCGAUAGAACCAACCAAGCUAUCUGGACGUCUUCCUGGGACGGUACCAACCAAAAGAUGGUGGCCCAAGCGAAUGCGGCCGACCUCGCUUUCGACUGGAUCAACCGAAAGCUGUACUGGACAGACGCCAUGAACGCGAGAAUCGAAGUUUGCCACAUCGAUGGCUCGUUGCGCUCCCUGCUCCAUUGGAACUCGCUAUACAAGCCGCGGGGUAUCGUUGUGGAUCCCCUCCGAGGUUUCCUCUACUGGACGGAUUGGGGAGACGUUCCGAAGAUCGAGAGAUCAACGAUGGCCGGCAGUGCGCGAACCGUGCUCGUACCUAACGGUCUCAAGUGGCCCAACGCUCUCGCCAUCGACCAUGGCUCAGAAACGCUUUACUGGACAGACGCCAAUAUGAAACUCAUCGAGAUGCUUCAUCUGGAGUCGAUGACGCGGCGAGUUCUUCUACAGAAAGAAAUGCCGAAUCCCUUCGACCUUUACUUUCACGAGGGCAGGAUAUACUGGACCGAUUAUGAAAAACACACUAUUCAGUCGGCAAAUGCACAAACUGGAUCCGAUCGCCGCCUUCUGGGGGAGAAGCUCGAGGGAAUCAACAAUAUAAUCAUAUACCACAAGCAGCGUCCUGAAGUGCCAAACCCAUGUGCCUUAAACGAGUGUGGCUGCAGUCAUUUGUGCCUCUUGUCCGCUGGGAAACCGGACGGAUGCGAGUGCGCAUGUCCGACUGGCUCGACGUUACUCAACGAUACAAAAACGUGCUCUGACGCUUUUCGGAAAAUGCUCGUUUUCUCACAAAGGACCGAGAUGCGUUUGAUGAGUGUGGAGAUGCCGUACUGGGCGGACGUGGUGGUUCCGAUCCCCCAUCGCCUCGAAAACAUCAUCGCCCUCCACAUGGACACCGUCAGUGAGCGGAUUUUCUUCUCGGACGGAAACCUCCGAAGAAUUCAGAGUUGUGCCCUGGACGGUGGGGAUGUGAAGGAUGUUGUGACUAUAGGAAUCGAAACUCUGGGCGGUCUCGUCGUGGAUUCGCGUGCUCGGAAAAUAUAUUGGACCGAUGCCGGACCUCACCAACCUCGCAUCGAAGUCGCUGAGCUCGACGGUGCUCAUCGAAGGGUGAUCUUGUGGCAGCAAGAGAUGGACUCACCUCGAUCGAUUACGAUAUACCCCGAGAAAGGGUGGAUUUUCUGGACGGACUGGGGGAACCAGCCACGUGUCGAUCGUGCCGAUGCUGAUGGCCGAAAUCGCAAAACUUUAAUUAUCGGGAAACUGGGUUGGCCGCACUGCCUCGCGGUCGACCUUCAGGCCGGUCGUCUGGUGUGGGCAGACGCUAAAAGUCAUACAAUCGAAAGCGUCGACCUCGAUGGCCGCGACAGGAGAGUUUUGCUGAAAGAGUUGCCAUCUCCGUACGGCGUCACUGUGUGGAAUGCGCGCCUCUUUUGGACAGACUGGCAAACUCGAGCCAUUCACGAAGCUUCAAAACCAACAGAGAAACUCAAAGGGAACCUGGCUUCAAUCAUGGACAUUCACUAUUUUGAUCUCGAAGAUAAAGGGACCAACUUGUGUUCGAAGAAUAACGGCGGAUGCUCCCACCUGUGUCUUUCCUCUCCUCGCGGAAUCUCUUGCCAAUGUCCCACAGGAAUCGAGAUCCAGGAAGACGGCAAAACAUGCGACGCGCUGCCGUCUGCCCUGUUGGUGUUCGCCAACCGCGACUACCUCCAUUCGAUAUCGAUGGACACCCCUGACCGGACCGAUGUAUUGCUCCCGAUAACUGAUAUCAAAGAUGCUGUUGCCUUGGAUUUUGAUUACGAAAACAAGAAACUCUAUUUCACCGACGUGAAGCUAGAUGUUAUCAGACGCACCAACUUGAACGGUAGCAGACUCGAGACGGUUAUCGAUGCGGAUCUUGCGUCCGCAGACGGUCUCGCUUUCGAUUGGAUCGCCAAGAACAUCUACUGGAGCGAUUCCGGUAGAGAAACUAUCGAGGUUUGUCGCUAUGACGGAUCGUCGAGGAAACUCCUCACUAACCUGGACCUCGACGAACCGCGGGCGCUGGCUCUGUUCCCGGAUCGUGGGUAUGUUUUCUGGUCGGACUGGGGUCGUCUACCGAAAAUCGAGCGAGCCUAUCUCGACGGCUCAAGUCGACGAGUCAUUGUCGCCACGGAUCUCGGUUGGCCCAACGGGCUCACAGUGGACUAUGAAGCAAAACGCAUCUACUGGGUUGACGCCCAGAUGGACUGCAUUGAGAUGUCCGAUCUGAAUGGAAAGCACAGAACGAAGCUCGUCAUAGACGUGGGACACCCUUUCGGACUUACUUUGCACGGCAACUACAUUUACUGGACGGAUUGGCAGACGAAGAGCGUCGAGCGUGCCGAGAAACUCAGCGGAAAGAAGCGGCAAAUCAUCCGGGACGAAAUCGAGAAUCCGAUGGACAUCAAAAUGGUGGCCGCUACGCGUCAAACAGGAACGAAUACCUGUGGAGUCGCCAACGGAGGAUGCUCCCAUCUGUGCCUGUACAGACCUCAGGGUCAUGUCUGUGCUUGCCCGUCCCGACAGGAUCCCGCCAACCCCUGUUCAACUUUUCCCAUGCCAACCACGUUGGAGCCUUUACCAACACGGCCGACAUCCACAUCAAGCACGCAGUCACCGAUUCCCACCAAGGUCACGCCAGUCAACAAGCCUUGCGCGGGGCUGGAUUGUUUGUCUGCCGGUGUUGUCCGCCUAAUUUUUGGAGACAAUACCAGCGUUUCCCCCAUAUAUAUCAUCGCUGCGGCCGUUCUCUCGCUGCUGUUCGUUAUAUUUUGCAUUGUAUUAAACCUCCGAUGCCGGACGAACAAUCAAGAAGCCGAUUAUGCGGACGACAACGAUGACUCAUUGAAGGACAUAAACGAAGAUCUCGAUAUUGAUAUUGUGCACUCAUAUAACCAGCAAGCUCCUGCUUUGCUUCCGCAUUUCAACGGGCACGUGAAUCACACGUGGAUGAUUAACGACAAAAGCCCCGACGACCAGAGUCCUGUAAUCUACUCGGGGAGCAAAUUGUUUCCACCCGACGAUCAGCUCGGAGUUUAUGAGGAAGAAGGUUUCGACGUCGACGACGACUUCAGCAAUCUCCCACCGGUUCCGUCUCCUCCGCUGUCUGUCAUUUCGAGACAGUCGAGACAUUCCGUCCACUACGGGCUCCAACUUGACUUCGAGGUCGCCACACUCAAAGCGAUUGAAGAGUGCUUCCCACUGACCACCGUGAAAGCGUGCAUUUUCCAUUUCGCGCAGUCUCUCUGGCGCAAGGUCCAGGACCUGGGACUCAAACAGUACUACAAGGCUCCUAACGUGGAGAAGCUCAUAAGGUCUGUCCUGUCCCAGAUCGAUAACGCUUGGCUUGACAUCGGAGCCAAAGCCCCAUUCUCGGAUCAUCCAGCGCAUGCUGCCCUAGAGUAA